GGAACUCGCCGCGCUUUUGUAAACGGUCACCAUGACCGCCGAGGGAUCAGUGUAUAUACUCUUCCCCGGGGAAGCAGAAGCAAUGGUUCAAGGUCUGGAGAUGGUGAGCUAUGAAGAGUACGGCUUGGAGCGAUGGUACAAUUAUCACAGUUAUCUGACAAAAUUGAACAUGCAAGUAAGCGCACAACCAAUGACUGUUAUGGCCAUCAAUUCAGCUCAGACACAAGGUGAUGAGUUUGUGAAAGAGUACCUUGUAACUCAUCAGAAAUUAGAUAUGUUGGUAGCCGACUUGGUGGCCAUCGAACUGUGGAAAGAAAAAGUGUUCUCCUCAUUUCUGCGGGACCAAAUUGAACCUAGUUCUUCGUUUCCUAUCUACACAUUGCUUUACCACGAGCUUCUUGUUGCCAACUUGUUGGAAACCGUCACCUUUCAUGCCGAUGCCAUGGAGACGUUAAACGAUGCAGCAGUAGAUUUAUCAGACUGGUGCUAUCGAGCCUUGUGUUAUCUGGUUGCUGAAUUCCCUUCGGAAGAAAAGAAGCGAGAAUUCAUAUCCAUGAAGGAUAAGGUACUGGACAAUAACUUAGGAGAUCUGGAACGUCAGAACCGUGUAAUUUCAUUUGACAAAGGAAUGAAGGCAGUUUCACUGGUUCGACAUCUCAUUGAUCACAGUUUGUCAGCUAACAGCGUGCUUCCUUUGGGCGUUGCACGCCGAUUGCUCCAAACCAACGACGUAGUUCUGGUUUUGUGUCAAUUGUUGGAGCAAGCACCAUGGACUGCGAUUGGUCUGGACGAAGAAACUGGCAAGCCUCAGCGCCUUUUAUGGCAAGAAAGUGGGACGUGGAUAGCAGAAGACAAAGUCAAAACACCCGUAGGCAAGACAGAGGGACAGAUUUGGCUGUGUCUGUAUCAGAUUUUACUUGCAAACCACUCCAGUUUGCGUUACGACUGUUCGGUCGGACACAGAAGAGCAGCUUUGUUACGCAUACGGUCAUAUUUGACCGAAGUUAAACUGGACGUUCUUCCAGUACUGAUAGAUCUGCGGAGGUUUCUGGAACAACUCAGCCUGUCUGACAACCCUGGUGGAGCCAGUAAUACAUCAGGUGUGGCUGAAGUAUGCCUGGUGGAACUCGUGCCAGAAAUACGUGAGGCUUUGUGUAAAAAGUAUGCCAAGAAGUGGAAGCAGACAUGCCGGACUUUUCGAGAGCUCAUUGAGUCUGAACGGGGCCGACAAGCAUCUCGACGUGCAGCUACGCAAUGGUCUGACACAUUCUCCGAACAACAUAUGGAAAAGUUGUUUGCAUCAAUGGGAGAUGGAGUGCUUGAUGGGACAGCGAAUCCCCUCGGAAAUGCGCCCAAAUGUGUUGUUUGUGGAGCAGAUGCUCCGAAACGUUGCUCUCGUUGUCGUCAGGAAUGGUACUGUAGAAGAGAAUGUCAAGUGAAACACUGGCCAAAGCACAAAAAGGCAUGCGACCUUUUGUAUAAUUCAGAAAAAGCAUAAUAAAGC